CUCGUGCAUGAUUCCUCAUACAAAAGACUACUCCACGAGAUUGAUAUUGUUGUUGUACCGAACACGAAUCCUGAUGGCUACGAGUUCAGUCGCGAAAGCAACAGGAUGUGGAGAAAAACUAGAUCAAAUUCUACCGUAAGUCGAUUCAGCCAGUUGUGCAGUGGCGUGGACGCCAAUAGGAAUUAUCCAUUUCACUUUGGCGAAGAAGGAGUGAGCCAUUGGCCUUGCCAGGAGACGUACUGCGGCCGAGUUGCACUCAGUGAACCAGAGGUGAUGGGAUUAGCGGCCGCGAUUUUGGAAAGGAAAAACGAGAUACGAGGUUAUGUCGCGUUACAUUCUUUCGGCCAGGAUAUCCUAUAUCCAUGGGGUCAUAAAGUGAACGAAUAUCCGCCUGAUGUAGAAGACCUCAAGUCGAUGGCCAAUGGGGUUGCAGAUGCCAUUUAUUCUGUUUAUGGCACACGGUAUCUAGUGUCGAAUAGCGCUGCUGGACUGUAUCCAGCGUCAGGAGCUGCCGACGACUGGGCGAAGAGUAUAGGUGUCAAGUACUCGUUCACCUUCGAAUUGUCACCAACUACAAUGGAACCAGGAUUCCUCUUACCCGAGGCAGACAUUCCUCGCGUUACACGAGAAGUUAUGGAAGGUAUUGUCUUUAUGGCUAGACGGAUACGAUCCGAAGAGGUUGGUCGUCUUCUUAACGACAUAAUCUCUUCGAGGCCUAUUCGAAGGCGGAGUCAACGUCUGAUUGGAUAG